AUGGCGGUCAAAUUCAAAUACGAAACGAUCGUCUGUGGAUCCCUUCGGCGAGUGUGUUUUGCUGUAGGUUCAAUAGAAGAGAAAGAGAGGGCACACAAUAUUUUGGCAGGCUUUGAGGCAGUGUCCGAUUUGUUUACACUUUAUGUAAAUAGUGGAGCUUUCCGGUUGGUCGUAAGGUGA